CCUAAAACCCUAACCCUCGAACUCACUCACCAACUUCCCCCCCGAGUAGGCUUCCCGGCGGCCGCGAUGAGGGCGAUCGCCGGCGCCGUGCACUCCUCCACGCCCUGUUCGCUCGCCAAGGCCACGCGCGCCAUCGCCGUUUUCACCGAACUCAACGCGACCAACCUCCCUUCCUCCGACGCCGCCACCUACCUCCGCACCGUCGCCGAGGCCGCCAACGAACUCCACAUCUUCCGCCGCGGCCUCCGCAGGCCACAAGGCGACGUCGCCGAUGGCGCUCAUGAGGGCGGCGGCGGCGGCGAGGCUAGCGAGAGGAAGCAGGGAGCCUCCGCAACCGCCGGUGAGAGGAAGAGCGGUAUGAGGAAGGGGUCGAGAGAGGAUGAGGAGAUGAAGGGUCAGAAGCUAGGGGAGGUUGAUGAACCAGAAAUCUCUGCUGCUGCUGCUGCUGCUGCUAACAGAGGUUUGCAAAGCCCUGGCAGUGAGAAGAGGAAGAAGAAGGAGAGGAAAGAGAUACGUGUGAAAGAGGAAGAUGUAUCAGGGGAUGUUAAUCAGGAGGUGAACAGGAAGGCCCUUUUUGAUGGCUCGCAAGGUUUGGUGUCGGAAGGAGGCGACGAUGAAAAGAGGGCGAGGAAGGAGAAGAAGAAGGAGAAGCGUGUGAAAGUGGAAGAUGAAUCAGGGGGUGUGAAUGCGGAGGAGAGCAGGAAGGCCCUUGAUGAUGUCUUGCAUGGUUUGGUGUCGGAAGGAGGAGUCGGAAGUGAGAAGAAGGCCAAGAAGAAGAAAAGGCACGUGAAGCAGGAGGAAGAGGAGGUGAUGGAUGCGAAGGAGGCGGAGCAACAAAUAUUUCACGGUGACCUGGCUGAACAUGGAGUGGCUAGCCAGGAGAAGAAAAGAAAGAAAAGGAAGCAUGCAGAAGACGACGAAGAGAAGAAAGAAAUUGUUAUGAAUGGUGAUUUGGGUAGUGAAAAGAAGAGGAAAAAGAAGAGGGAGCGAGAUGGCGACGAUGGUAACGAGAAAGAGCUAGUAGAGCAUACCAAAAAGAAGCAGCGGAAGUAAUCGAGAUUAGGCUUAGGAGAAUCCAUGCUGAUUGAAAACGUAUCAGGCUUUCUGAAGAUUGGUACGUUGAGGUUGAAUCUGCUGUUGUAUUUUGGGUUUUAUUGUACAACUGAGUUUGGGGUAUUUUGACCACUCUUGUAUACUCCAAACUUACAUUUUUUGUGACAUCCAUAUCAAAUGCCAUGCCACUGUUGGAAUGAGAUUUACAUUUUUAUUGUCC